UGAAAUUACUAUGUACACGUAAAUCUGAACACCGCGGUUUCCUGCAUCAAGACAUGGUCUCCUUGCACGGUAUAUUGGUCAGUAGUUUACUGUUAGUCCUAGAAUCAGCCGAGGGAAACCUGGGUCAAACCUCCCGUACUGGCAAAGGCGGUUCCCCAGAACACACCGACAGCACGCAUGCCGAACAGUUUGGAGGUGUCCAGUGGAUGAAUUGUGGCGGGAAGGAUGACCCCGUCCUGGUGGAAUACCUCAGCAUACAGCCAGACCCCGUGACUCUGCCAGGGGUGUUCCAGCUUAGCUUUCAGUUCUCUGUCUCCAGAACGCUACAUUCACCCAUUAAGUUUCAGGCCCAGGGUGAGAAGCAAAUCGCUAUCUGGGUGCCCGUCCUCUGUCUAGACGAGUUAGGUUCCUGCGAACUAGAGGACAUGUGUGCUCUUCUGCCGUUUGUCUGUCCGUCUGCCAUACGUCAGCAUGGUAUUCCUUGUCAGUGCCCCAUUCGUAAGGGACGUUACAUCCUGCCACCCACAAACCUAACUGUGACCCCUGGAGAGCUUCCUGUUUGGGUCACAGAGGCCCUUUACAAGAUGACCUACAGGCUAAGCAGCCUUUCACAAACAGUCGGUUGUCUUCACGUGGAAUUCUCCAUUCUUGACCCUUGA